CCGGGGCCGGGGCAGCGGCGGGGGCCGGAGGGGCCCCCGGGUCCGCCGCGUUGCGGCCCAACUCCCAGUCGGCGUUCCUGGGCCCCCUGCUGUGGGAGAGGACCUUGCCGUGUGACGGAGGCCUGUUCCAGCUGCAGUACAUGGACCUGGAGGAGUUCCUGACGGAGAACGGCAUGGGGAUGCACGGCAACGGGCCCAGCUCCACCAGCGCCCAGAUCCCCUCCCAGAGCUCCCAGUCGGCGGUGCCCAACCAGAGCUCCCAGUGCCCUCCCUCUUCUCCUCCACCCUGCUCCUCCUCUUCCUCCUCCAUGUCCUCUUCAUCCUCCUCUUCCUCGCUGCUGGGACUGGAGACUGUCCAGCCACAACCGCCGCCGCCGCCGCCCCCACCUCAACAGCCGCAGCAGCAGCCGCAGCAAGGCAUGAUGGGAGGACCGGAGUGUCAUCACGGUGGACGGGCGGCGCCUCAGGACGAGGCUCCCACUUCUACCUGUCCUCCGGGGCCCCCUGGGCCUCCGGCGGCCGUCAACGGCACCAGCGACGUAACGGUGAACUUUGACCCUGACCCGGCGGACCUGGCGCUGUCCAGCGUGCCGGGCCAGGAGGCGUUCGACCCGCGGCGGCACCGCUUCUCCGACGAGGAGCUGAAGCCUCAGCCGAUGAUCAAGAAGGCCCGAAAGAUGCUGGUCCCCAAUGAGCAGAAGGUACUACACCUCCCACAAUCCUUUGUAAUAAGGAUCCUGACAGGCUAAAACAUGUAUUGUCCU